CCUGCCUCAAUCUCACACACACAUCUUUCAUACGCACACACACUCACUCUCUCUCACACACACAGUGGACACAAAGCCAGGAAAGAGAACCAAAACAAAGGACAUAUUUGGGAGUGAGAACUAACAGAUGCCAUGAAGCUACUCCGCACCAGAUGUCUGACCUUGGUCGCCAUUUACUCGCUGCUGCUGCUGACCAUUUCGUAUUUCUUGGACUGCCGCAACAAGCCGCGGAAUCCGGGCGAGCAGCAGCAGCUCCUUGCCAGGGAGUGCCCGGACAUUGUAGCCCCGGAGGUUUGGGCGGACUGGGGUAACGCGACAGAGGCGGCGGGAGGGACGGGCAAGCAGCACAUCUAUCUGCACGCCACUUGGAGGACCGGCUCGUCGUUCGUCGGCGAGCUCUUCAACCAGCACCCGGCUGCCUUCUACCUGUACGAGCCCAUGUGGCUCAUGUGGCAGGCUCUGUACCCGGGCGACGCGGAGAGCCUGCAGGGGGCGGUGCGGGACAUGCUGCGCUCGCUGUUCCGCUGCGACUUCUCGGUGCUGGGGCUGUACGCGGCUGCGGCCUCAGCGGCGGCUGCAGCGGCCCCGCUCAGCACCCGCACCGUGUUCGGCUGGCGCAACAACAAGGUGAUCUGCUCGGCCCCGCUGUGCGGCGCCUACAGCAAGGAGCGGGUGCAGCUGGUGGACGGCGCGGUGUGCGAGCGGCGGUGCGUGGCGCGCCCCCUCGAGGAGCUGGAGCGGGAGUGCAGGAAGUACCCGGCGGUGGUCAUCAAGGAUGUCCGGGUGCUGGACGCCGGCGUGCUGUUCACCCUGAUGCGCGACCCCUCGCUCAACUUCAAGGUGGUGCAGCUGGUGAGGGACCCCAGAGCCGUGCACAACUCCCGCCUGAAGUCCAAGCAGUCCCUGGUCAGGGAGAGCAUCCAGGUGCUGAGGAGCAAGAGCAAGAGGUCCCAGAGGGACAGCAAGGGCUCCUGGCUCUCCAGCAGAGCUCAACGGGCCGAAACGUACGUCUCCAAAGCGCUGGAGGUGAUCUGCGAGGCUUGGAGCAGGGACCAGGCGCUGGUGAAGCGGGCUCCUGACUGGGUGCGGGCUCGCUACCUCACCGUCCGCUACGAGGACCUGGUGCUGGAGCCCCUGGGCAGCCUCAGGACGCUGUACGCCUUCGCCAACCUGACGGUCACGCCGGCCACCGAGAGCUACGUGUGGAACAUGACCCGCGGCGUGGGCUACUCCUCGGACCGGCCCUUCCUCAUCUCGUCCAGGGACGCGAAGGAAGCCGUCAGCGCCUGGAGGAAGAGGCUGAGCCUGUGGCAGAUCCAGCAGGUGGAACAGAGUUGCCAGACGGCGAUGAAAAUGCUGGGCUACCGCCUGAGCAGCGUGGACAACACGUAGAGCCCUCCCCAGCAGCACUCAAAGAGACUGAGCCAAGGUAAACUCAACCAUACUCACUGGGUGGAAAAUAGAUGUCAUGUAGCGGAGGCUUCAUUUGUUGCGGCUUUUCAAAUAAAAAAAAAGCCAAGAAAUUUAGAUUGGAAUAUAAACUUUUGUUUGAUGGGUACAAACAAUGGACUCUGAUUCUAAUGCCAUCAGAACACAGACAUACUUGUACUGUAUUUAUUUCUAAGUCAAAUCCACCUGAGCACAUCACCUAAGCUGACAGUUGAGUCAGAAGUACCCUUUUUGGAAUGAGAGGUUAUGUUGGGACAUCCGCAUCCACCUGUGCAGGCAGAUCGGAAAUAUCCCAUGACAUUUCUUUUCCCAGAAAGAACGGGACGCCCUCUGGGAGAAACGAACAGCUGGAAAUCAGAACUGGGGAUACCCAACAGGUCAAGCAGUGUGUAGACAGAAACAGAGUUAACGUUUCAGGUCGGUAGCCGUUUGCUGUCGGUCCGGUCAAUAUUCAGUUCUUGAACAAUACCAAAGCAGAUCAACAAUCAAGCAUCUCAUUGUUGUUCGCGGGAUCUUUCUGUACGCAUUUUUAAUAUUCAAUGUAAAUACAAAACAACGACCGUCCUCAGAUGCUCAUAAAGAUCUCACCACACUAUUUUGAAGAACAUGGAGACCCCAACAUUGUCCCUUUCGUUAUUUUAAUCAAUCCAUUCAGAUAUGUUAUAAUACAGCCUUGGAGCAGGUGGAACUCGAACGCAGGCCUUCUGGUUCAUAAACAUUUAUCCUUCCAUCAGACCACAUCGCCCUUUUAUAUGGCCUUGCUGUGCGUACAUUGGUUGUGUUUCUCAACAUCAGCUGUGCAAAGCUUUGAAGUGUCAUGACAAAGUGAAAGGUGUUACAUAGUGUUUUUAAAUGGCUGCCAUUGGAAAAAAAUUCACUGCCUAUGUUGAGGAUACAAAUGGUGCUUUGUAAAACUGCUUUGUUCAUUUUCAAGUGUCAACAUCAUCAUUCAGGUGAAGUUUAAUGCAUUUAAUGAUCUACAGAUUAAUUAGUUUCUACCAUGAAGGAACUCUGGUUUAGUACUGACAUGCAUCUGAUAAUUUAGUGUUCAAUUUUUCAUAACCAAUUUUCUCAUUUUCAGUACUUUUGUAAUCUAAAAACAACUAUUUAAUUAAAAAUGUAAAGAAAAAUGAUGUUAAAAAUUAAAGUAUUUAGCCACUUGUGUCAUAUCUUUACUUCAGUUGAGCACACACAUAUUUUAGGAGAUAGUGAGGAUGGCAGAUGCUGGAGAAGUCAGAGUUAAUAAAGUGUAGUGCUGGAAAAAACACAGCAGCAUCAGGAUUGAAUCCUGAUUAAGGAUUAAUCCCAAAAUGUUGACUGUCUUGCUCCUUGGAUGCGGCCUGGCCUGCUGUGCUUUUUCCAGCAUCAGACUUUAUCAAAGCACACACAUUUUGCAAUGCUUCCAUUUUUGUGCCAACACCAUAUUGAUUAUAUAAUAGGAUAUCCAUGUGUUAUAAUUAUUGUUACAACAUGGCAGUGAACCCCUCUGUUAAUUAAACCAAACACCCAGAAAAUCUCACCUCCCC